ACGUGACCCAGAAACCCAGGAACACCUAUGGCGUCUAUGUAAAUAUCCCGGAAACCGAUUGUGAGAUGUGGGCGCUAUCAACUGUAGGGGAAACAAAACAAGGACCCAUUAAGAAUUGUUAUGGCGAUAUGAGAUACAAUUUCGCAAUUGACAAUGUGAGCGUCCUCUAACCAUGGAUAAAAACAGCAGCCUGGUUCCAAGUCUGAAUGAUUUGGAUACAUACCUUACCCAACACAAUUCCAACUUAGUGUGGCUGCUUGUGGCCACGAUUCUGUCCUGUGGAUGGAUUAUAUAUUUGACAUACUACAACUCCCGUAACAUCGGACUUGUUCUCACCCUCUUCAUCAAUCGAUUCUACAAAAAUGGAUAUAUACACAUUGGCUCCUUUUCCUUUUCUGUCCUCUCUGGAAAGGUCAUGUUCCGGGAUGUGUACUUCAUCAACGAAGACAUGUCAAUUAGAAUUCAAGAUGGCUUCCUUAUAUUCCGUUGGUGGAAGAUGUAUAACCCCAAACAGAAACAGCAUGACCCAAAGGCUGAGACACGGCUAUACGUGACCGUCAAUGGCUUUGAGUUCCAUGUAUACAACCGUACAGAUGUGUACGCACGGCUACAGGAUAUGUUUGGCUUGGAUCCCACGCUCAUACCACCUCGGCAAGAUGGGGAGAAGGGCAGAGAGGAGCGAAAUAAAACGCUUGACAGUGUUAACAUCAAAGCAGAAUCUCAGGACCCAACUUCAUCAUGGAGGUCUUUAAUACCGGUCAUAAAAGUCAACAUCAGUACAGGUCGGGUGGCAUUCGGGAAUCUCCACCUUCCUCAGACUGUCUGUAUGAACUUUGACGAUGCCUUCCUGACUUAUGCCACCAAGCCUCCCAGCAGUCACCUAGAUCAGUUCAUGCACAUAGUCAAGGGCUCUCUGGAAAACGUGCGUGUGAUGCUGGUGCCUAACUCACAAUAUCUUGGCCGGCAGAACGAUGAGCCACCUAGACUCAUGGGAGAGGGAUUUGUUGUAAUGCAGUCAAAUGAUGUAGAUAUUUACUACUACCAAGAUGAACCAGGUCUAGUUCCUGAUGAGCUGGAGAAUGGGGAUGCAGAUGCCUCGUCUGAGGGCACAAAGCUGCAGGAUCUACCUCCAUGCUGGGGCUUAGAUAUAGUGUGUGGGAAAGGAACCGACUUUAACUAUGGACCAUGGGCUGACAGACAGAGGGACAGUCUUUGGAAGUUCUUCCUGCCUGCAGACUAUCAGCCAAUGAAAGUGAGUGAUGUUCCCACACCAGGGAAACCCAGACAAAUCCUGGCCUUUGAACUCCGCAUGAACAUCAUAGCAGAUGCAACUAUAGACUUGCUGUUCACCAAAAACAGGGAGACGAAUGCUAUCCAUGUCAAUGUCGGUGCAGGUUCAUAUUUGGAGGUCAACAUCCCUAUGACAGUAGGAGAAAAUGGUUAUUCUCCUACGGUUAAAGGUCAGUUGCUGCAUGUGGACACCACUAGCAGCAUGCAGUACAGGACCCUGCUGGAGGCUGAGAUGCUGGCUUUCUAUGUGAUAGCCAGUUACCCACGUGUGUGGAAUAUGCCCCAGUCAUGGCAGUGUGAGAUAGAGGUGUACAAAGCCACUUAUCAUUUCAUCUAUGCUCAGAAGAACUUCUUUUCUGAUCUGAUCCAAGAUUGGGCUAGUGAUAGUGAGCCAGAUAUCUACUCGUUUGUUCCUUAUUCCUGGAAGUUCAAAAUGCUUUUCCACCAGUUUGAGAUGAUAUGGGCUGCUAAUCAGCACAACUGGAUCGACUGUUCCACCAAACAGCAGGAGAAUGUGUAUCUCGCUGCCUGUGGAGAAACACUGAACAUUGACUUCACUUUACCUUUUCACGAGUUUGUUCCUGCCACCUGUAACACGCGUUUCUGUUUGAGAGCAGAAGACACAGAUAUGCGUCUUUGUUUGCCUGACUGCCAUCCCAGUCGAUAUCCUUUGCUAACUCUAGCAAAAGAUUAUCAGCAGACUAAGGCUUCACAAGACAAUGGCAUGCCAGCAGAAGCUCAGUGGGCUCCAAAGAACAACAAAGCUCGCUGGAGAAAUAUGACCCAAGCCAAGGCUGGAUGGGUGGACUGCUGGAGUGUGCCAAAUUUCAUGCUCAUUAUAGACUAUACCUGGCAUCCCAUUUACCCACAGAAGUCUGAUGAACAGCUCAAACGGUCCUUUUCAGAGAUUUCAGAAGAGUCUAUACUGUCAGCCUUGCGCCCCCCACAGCACUCCCCCUGUGUUCCUCCUCCGCGUGUGCCAGCUGACCCUAGCCUGCUGCCGCCAGACCGGCUACAUGUGGAGAUGGAACUCAGCCCUGACUCCCACAUCAUCCUUUACGGACCCCUGCUCAGAGCUCUGCUGUCCAUUAAGGAAAAUUAUUUUGGUGAAGAUGACAUGUACACAGACUUUGAGGAGUCACUUUCCAGCCCUGUGCUAAGCUCUUGCUCCUCCUCAUCUGGAUGGACUGGAGUGGGUCUGGAGGAAAAAGGCCACAAAGACAUGCCUAAUCCUCUCUCGCUACGUCCCUGGGACAUUACUGUGCUCAUUAACCUACACAAGAUCCAUGGGCGGCUUCCUACGCAUUGCAACAGUGACAGUCUGGAUGGUCCGACAGGGUAUCUUGAGCGUCUGUGUUUUGAGAUGAAGAAAGGCUACAAGGAAACACUGUUGCAGCUCAUCCUCUCGCCACUACACGUCUUUGUCAGUGACAGCUACCAGCGUCCUGCUGUUGAUGGAGUAUUAUGUGAUGGACAUCUGAGUCUCUCAGGUCUGCAGAUGCGAGCCCAUGCAAUGUUUUCAGCAGAAGGGUUACCAGCUGGUAGUGACACACUCGAGUAUGCCUGGCUCAUUGAUGUUCAAGCUGGAGCUCUUACAGGCAAAGUCACUGUGCCACAGUGUGCCACACUGCUGGAAUGGGGGGAGACUUUUGUAUUUCAUGUGGUGUCCCGUGAGUUCCAGCUGGAGCAGCCUAAACCCUCUGUCACCUGUCAGCAUGGAGUGGACCAGAGAACCUGUGAUGCCAAGUAUGCAGCCCUGCCUGGCCCUUGCCGAACAUCUGAAGAGUUGAAGUAUACCAUGACUCGUUUAUCAGUGGAUGGAGCCCAGGUUUUCAUUGUCGAACAUGGCUGCGCAGCUAACAUCAAGACGGGCACACUGCGGUUGGCGAACUGUAACCUGCACACAGCUGCAGUAGGGGAGGGCAUCAGUGCCGUCCUUCAGGAUGUUGUUAUUGCUCAGUUUAUUGAGCAGCAAGAAGCGGUGAGGUUAGGCCUGCCACCACCUCUGCUGCGACGAUCCAAUUGGCUGGAGGCUGGAUCUGUGACUUUUAACCUCAUCACUGCUGAUGUGGCUUUGGCUGCUGACCAUCCAAUUAAAUAUGAGGUGCAGAGACACUUCCUGGAGCUCCAUGACAUGCAAACAAAAAGGCUGUGGUUCUUGUGGCCAGAGGAGAAAUAUAAGCGAAGCAGGAACCGAUGUGGCUGUUUGGGUGGAUGCCGUUUUUUUGGUGGAUCAUCUCGUAAUCUGGACUUUUUCCGAUUGGAGGAAAUCACCCCUUCAUCAAGCUCUGCCUUUUCAAAUGGCAGCUCUGAGACUGACAUGAGCUAUGGUCAAUCUCUGUUACAGCCUGGGGAGUGGAUAAUCAUGAAGGAGCUACCUAAACUUCCAGACACUAAACCUGUCGGGGUACGUAGGGAUGUGUGUUCUCCUGCUCCACUGGCUGAGUUGGAAAAGCGUAGCCAGCAGCUGAGUCUCCAGGUGCCUCAGCGUUCUCACAGUUCUGCCUCUUCCUCAGAGGAAAACUCCUCUUCUAGUGCUGCCCUGCCACUACUGGCGGGUGAACGAGAAAGUCCUUCUCCCUGUGCAGAAUUAAUGACUGUGACGACGGAUGGACCUGUUGCUGAAGGUCCACCACUCCGUUCUCCACUCCGGUCACCCCUCAAGCGUCAGGCGUCUGUCCAGUCAACUCGCCUUGGCAGCACCAAAAGUCUAUCUGCUGCUGUCUUUACAGAGAAGGCUCCACCUCCUGCUGGUGUACAAUUUAGCAGUGAGGUGUCCCGAAGUGAUGAGAAUGUUUUGGACUCACCGCGGCAACGGCGUAGCUAUGGCUCUUUCCCCUUCACCCCUUCAGCAGACUCCAGCACAUUCCAUCAGUACCGCUCGGUGGACUCUUCCAUGUCUGUCGCUGAUAGUGAGGCCUACUUCAGCGCAAAUGAGGACUUUGAACCAAUCAGCAGUGAUGAGGGGCCAGGCACAUACCCAGGAAGGAAACGAAGGCGGAGACAGCAAGGGCAGCUCCAUAUUGAACACAGCCGCACCUCAAUAUAUCACAGUGUUGAAGGACCACUAUCAGUGACUGAGCCCCGUCCACCCCAAUUGCCUAGCCACACCUCUCAGGCAUCUUUUGUCUCUGCACUUGGAUUGGAGGAAGAGGGUUCUAUGGAAACCGAAAGAGCGGAGUCAGGCCUCUUAACAACUCAGCCCCAUUUAAUGGCUUGUUACCAUAAUUAUCUGGCACAUUAUCAUGUGUCAAACUGGGCUGUCAAGCAACCAACCAACAAGAGAACGUCAAAGUCAUCCCUACAUCGCCCUCUUGACCUCGAUACACCCACCAGUGAAGAAAGCUCUGCAUCCUUUGAUCAGUUGUCCAUUCCUACCUUUAAGAUAGUGAAAGCUGGUCUGUCUGCUAACUCUCUGUUAGACAGAGGUGUUCAGCUCAUGGGAGAUAUAAGCAGCACUCCUUACACCCCCCUUGACAAGCGUGCUAUGGAAAACACAGAUGAGGACACAAACACUGAAGACUGGACCAUGGAUCAGCCCCUUGCCCAGACCAGGACCACUGCCAUCGUAGAAGUUAAAGGGGCAGUCAAUGUAGUGCUGACUCCUUUAGUGGCCGAGGCUCUAGACCGGUACAUUGAGUCCAUGGUACAUUUUGCAAGUAUCCGCCAUCCAUCGUCUAUCCUGGAUGACCUGCAUGGCAAAGUGCUGAAUGAAGCUUAUCAGAUCAGUAAAUCCUUUGUGCCAGAGUCUAGGACUGGAAAGCCAGAGCAUAAAAUCUCUAAGGCUGAUGGCUCUUUGAACACGCCUCAUGGACAGACUGACCUGUCAGUCAAACCUGACAAUGUCAAAAUAAAGGGUCUGCAAGCUAAUGUUACAAUCCCAAAGGUGAAUCUGUGCAUGCUACAGGCUUCAGUAGAAGAGCGUGACAAUAGGAGCAUGACACAUGUCUCUCUUGUGGCCCUCUGCUUUGACAGAAUUGCUACCCAACUUCGAAUGAACAGGGGAAUAGUGGAGGACACGGAGAAAUCAUCUGUAAUGAUGGAGAAGUUCUCAUCAGCAUCUAAAAUGGCUCCUCAAUCUAGUGGCUCUCUGCGCUCAAAUGCAGGGGUGGAAAAAGGCAAAGAGAUAGCAGCCAAACUCAACAUUCACCGGAUACACAGCCAACUGCGUGGCCUUGACUCAUCGGAUCUGGGUGCAUGUGCUAUUACUGCCAUUCCCUUUGAGAAGUCGAAGGUUCUCUUCAGCUUAGAGGAGACAGAUGACUUUGCCUUGGUGGAUGAGACUGAACCAUCAAUCAGCACUGACCAUUCCCAGGAUCACACUUCUGACCCCUUGCGCUCUGGGACGAGCCCUGAAAAAUGGGGUUGGAUCAUGUUUGAGUGUGGGAUUGAGAACCUUACUGUCAAAGGGGGCCGCCAGUCUGGGGCAGUUCUCUACAGUGCAUUUGGAGUGAUGGGUGGAGGUGAAACAGGUGUUAGAGGUGGUGCUUCUAAAUCUAAUGGUUCCAGUGGCUCUCAGACAGGAAGUGGAUACAGCACAGAUGUGUCUGAUGAUAACCUGCCCAACGAUGCUCACAGUCCUGCCUCUGAGCUAAACAAUAACUCUGACUCCGAUGAACAGGAUGAAGGGGUGGAAUCCGAUGACCUGAAAAAGGAUCUCCCCUUACUGCCACCUCCUCCUGACUCUAGCAGUAUGAAGCUUACUAUAAAGGAAAUUUGGUUCAGUUUUGCAGCUCCAACCAACAUACGCUCUCAAAUGCAUUCUAUGUCCAGGCAGCUGAAUUUGCUAAGCACAGCAACUCCUGCCAUUGGUGCCUGGCUUGUGCCUAUCGACCAGCUGAAAUCCACAUUGCAGAAGCUGGACAUGGAGGCUACAUUGCGUGUGUGUGCUGUUAUGGGCUGCAUCAUGACUGAAGCCCUGGAGAAGAAGAGCAUUCACAUCCCAUUCCGUAGCAAGUAUAACCGUGUGACGAAGAGAGCACGCUAUCUACAUGAAAACCCGUCCUGUUUACUGUGUAACAUUUUACACCGUUACCUUCAGCAAGCCAACUACAGUGUUAUAGAGGAGGCAACCAUGAAUGAUGGCCUGCCUGCCCUGGUCACACUGAAAAAAGGUUUGGUUGCACUUGCUCGCCAGUGGAUGAAGUUCAUUGUUGUAACCCAGGCCUUCAAGGCAGUUGGUCUACUACGACCUAAUCAACUGCCCAAACCCAGAGAGACCACAGUUAUUGAUCCUGAUAUAGCUCAUGGUGUGGACAGUGGAGCAGCCCUUCAGAGUGACACCAGCGCUGAUGGUGUGGAAUUUGAGUUUGAUGCAGGCACAGUUAGCGAGCACACAAUGCUUUUGGAAACUGGGGGUAGUCGACCUGCUCCCACUGGGAACUCUGCUCCUGUGAGUGGUGUUGAGAUCAUGAGAAAGCUGUCUAAAUCUCACACACACAGUGAGUCAGGACUCAAGAUCAAGGGUUCUCAUCCCUACCAGUCUUUGAGCUACACUAGUGGCGACACAGCAGCUGAUUCGCCGGCUCAUGUGAGUCGAACAGGGCUGCAGUCCAAUCAUAGCCCACGAAAGGAAUCGUUGCUAAGCUAUCUGACAGGAAGCUUCCCCAGUCUGCAUAACCUCCUGGAAGCCACACCUUCUCGUAAUAGUGAGCAAGUGGCAGCCAAGAGCAGCUCUCUGACACGCACAGGAAAUAGUCUUGGCACGGAAAUGCUGACUGAGCAUCCUCUCCUGUCUGAGCCUUCCUCCGUCAGCUUCUACAACUGGAUGUCCAAUGCUGUAGGGAACCGUUCAGGAGGCAAUGUCCAUGAAUCUCCGUUAAAUCGCUCUCAGCACAAUAGCCUCCAGACUGGAGGUGUGCUUCCAACCAUUCCUUCAGCAUCAGACUUCAACACAGUUCUGUCAAGUGAUCAGAACACAAUGGACACACACUCCCAGCACACACACUCUCAACACAGCACCAGCCAAGAUGACCUUCUUGAGCAAGAUGAGACCAACCUCUGCCCUGCGGCUGUGCAGCUGGCUGAUGCACAGGUGGUGUUUAAACCUCUCCUCAGUCACAUUGGGAUUCAGUCUCAGGAAGUUCCUCCACUCAGCUACAAGAUGUAUUUUGGGGAGCACCUGUCAUUUAGCGGUACUCUAGAGUGCUUGAGAGCAGACAUUGUGGAUUCAGACACCAGCAAAUACAGGAAAAACAAACGAGCUCGCAGGCAGGGCACUGUGAACCUGCCACCCUUGGAAUUCAAGCCAGCCCUAAUGAUUGAGACAUUCAGCCUAAAUGCAGUGGUGCUGGAGAAGUGCAUGUCAUCAACAUGGGCCUCAUCAGCCAGUGCACUUUCCUUUCAUGAACUGAACCGAAGACCACAGGCCAGUGUCCACUGCCAUUUUACACUGGCAUGUCAGGCCAUUCGGCAGCACGUGGAUAUGGCCCUGGUCCGCCUCAUUCAUCAAUUCAGUACCAUGAUUAACAACAUCAAAGCCACACAGACGGACAUCAAGCUGAGCCGCUACACGGCUGGCUCCGCCUCACCCACGCCUGCGUUCAAGACACGCCCACAUGGGCAUUUCCGCUCUUCAGACUUUAGCCGCAGCUCACGGGGCAGUCUUAAUGGUGCCACUCGUAUCGGUACACAGAAGAGCAAAAGGACUGUCCCCGGGUCUGCCACAGACACACUCACCAGAAACCGAGAGCCCCGAGGCAGGAGCUCUCUGGCCAGGUCAGAGAGACGCACAUCCCGAGUCUCACGCAAGGGGUCACGCGAUGCCGCAGAUCACAUGACCAAUCAGAUGGACGACUCUGACUCCAUUACAGUGUCGGAGCAAAGCGAGCCAUCGGCUGAAUGCUGGCAGAACAUGUACAAACUGCUCAACUUUUACUCGCUCAUCUCUGACCCUACAGGGAUACUGGAAAAGGCCCAGGACAAUGUACUGUCAGAUGGUGGGAGGAGUCCAGCAGAGCCUCCAUGUCGUCUGGUGUUUGAGUCAGAGACAGAGUCUCCACCAAACAGGACAGGUCGUAGGCGGAGCUUGGUGAGCGCAGAACCUCAGCAUGUGACACUGAUAGUGUUCGGUGUGGGCAUGGUGAAUCGUACACACCUGGAGGCAGACAUUGGAGGAUUGACCAUGGAGGCGGAGCUGAAGAAAAUACAUGGCAGCUUCACUCUCAAGGAGAAAAUGAAGGACAUUCUUCAUCAGAAAAUGACAGAAACGUGCGCAUCAGCCCAUAUUGGUGGUGUAAACAUCGUGCUUUUGGAGGGCAUUACACCAGACAUCCAACUGGAGGAUUUCCCAACCUCCCCUACCAGCACAGCCAAGCAAGAGUUUCUGACUGUAGUGAAGUGCAACAUCGCUAAGUCUCAGGCUCUGUACAGUGCUCAGCGUGGGCUGAAAACCAACAAUGCUGCUGUAUUUAAAGUGGGUGCCAUCAUGAUCAAUAUCCCACAACACCCUGCGACGCUACAUAGCAUGAUGGUGCGCAGUUCUCACCAGCUCUCCAAACAGAUCUCGGACCUCAUCCGCCAGCCUUCUAACCCCCCACCCCCAAACAGGGAAGAUACGCCCACCCCUCAGCCAUCUGAUAAAGCGUCAAGUAUUAAUCAAACCCCAGUGGAGGCCAACGAGUAUCCUCAGCUGCCUGAAGGACUGGAGAAAAAACCAAUUGUCCUGAAGUUCAGUGCCAUGCUGGAUGGGAUCACUAUUGGUGCCGCCCUGCUGCCCUCUCUCAAAGCAGAGUACAAGAUGGGCAGAAUGAAGAGCCAUGGGAUGACUGGUGCCCAGACAAGGUUCACUUUUGAGCUUCCCAGUCAUAAGUUGUGCUUCCAGUCAAAAUUGUCCACAGCAGAUGUGACUUCUGUGCCUCCAUCAGCCAGCCUUACCCUGCCACCAGUUACCAUGUCUGGAGAGUACAUCAUUCAGGAGCAUGAGGGCCACAGCGAUACAGCCUGGGCCCCUGAUGACAUGCCCACCAAACACGGCAGUUAUCUGCAGGGCAACUAUCUGCGUUGUGUGGCUGAGAUCGGCUCAUUUGAGCAUAGCCUGACCACAGACCUGCUGAAUCACCUGGUCUUCCUUCAGAGGGUCUUCAUGAAGGAAGUUAACGAGGUCAUCCAGAAAGUCUCAGGAGUUGAACAGCCCAUUCCCUUAUGGAAUGAACAUGAUUUGUCAGCUGAUGGGGAAAAACCUAAGAUCCUACUGUACUCCCUCAAUUUAAUGUUUAAGGGAAUCCAGAUGACAGCCACCACUCCCUCCAUGAGAGCUGUGAGAUUUGAGACUGGUUUGAUUGAGCUGGAACUGUCCAAUCGAAUUCAGUGCAAGGCCACGCCUACUGGAAGCAGCUACCUAAAGCUGUUUGGGAAAUGUCAAGUGGAUUUGAAUCUUGCACUUGGACAGAUUGUUAAACACCAGGUCUAUGAGGAAGCAGGGUCUGAUUUUCAUCAGGUGGCAUAUUUCCGUACUCGGAUUGGUUUGCGCAAUGCUCUGCAGGAGGAGAUCAGUGGUUGCUCUGACAAAGAGGCUGUGCUUAUCACACUCAACCGGCCAAUAGUGUUUGCCCAACCAGUGGCAUUUGACAGAGCUGUACUGUUCUGGUUAAACUACAAGGCAGCAUAUGAUAACUGGAAGGAGCAGCGGUUGGCAUUAAAUUCUGAUAUCCACAUGGCCACUAAAGAGGUGGUUGAGAAACUACCAGCGAUCCAGCAGACUAGUGUCCAGGCCUUUAGUACUCUCUUCCUUCAGCUGACAGUCAAUGACUUGGGCAUCUGCUUGCCCAUCACUAGCGCCUCACAGGCCAAUCACAGUUUGGAUUUUGACACUGGCUCAGCAUUGGUUCUAACUAUAGAAAGCACUCUGAUCACGGCCUGCUCAUCUGAGUCUCUGGUCAGUAAAGGACAUUUUAAGAACUUCUGCAUCCGAUUUGCUGAGGGUUUUGAGACGUCAUGGGAUGACUGGAAGCCUGAAAUCAGAGGAGAUCUGGUCAUGAAUGCCUGUGUUGUCCCUGAUGGCACAUAUGAAGUUUGCUCAAGAACUACAGGCCAAGCCUCAGCAGAGAGCAACAGUGCAGGAACAUGGACACUAAAUGUUCUGUGGAAGAUGUGUGGGAUAGACGUGCACAUGGACCCCAAUAUUGGCAAGCGCCUCAACGCUCUGGGGAUUACACUCACCUCACUGACUGGUGAAGAGGAUGUAGAUGACAUCGCAGAUCUCAACUCAGAAAACAUGGCUGACCUGUCAGAUGAGGAUGAGAGUGAUGAUAUGUCCCCCACCAUCCACAUGUGUGUGGAAGGGGAUGUCAGCCCCAGACUCUCAUUCAGGAAGCGGCUGGUGAACAGCAUUCUGGGUCUUAACCCUACGCUGUCCCCUCUCUCACCUUCAUCACCCACUGAGUAUCGGGAUGUUUCUACUGCAAGAUCAAUCAGUCGGGCCAAGUCGAGAAGUGUUCGACUGCCUCCUUCGGCCAGUGCACAAAGAACUAGACACCCUAGACCCUUAUCAUGGGGCUGUGAGUCCAUUGACCCACGGAGACAGGUUGUAAUGGGUAAUCAGAUCAUUGAUGCCCGAGGACGGAAAUUCACAAAACGCCUAGUGGACAUUAGAGAGCUUAAUGAGCAAGCCAGAGUCAUUGACGACCUUAAGAAACUCGGAGCGAGUGAAGGCACGAUAAAUCAGGAAAUCCAGCGCUACCAACAGCUGGAAUCGGUUGCAGUAAACGAUAUCCGUCGUGAUGUGCGCAAGAAGCUCCGCCGGUCCAGCAUGAGAGCUGCAUCUCUGAAGGAUAAAUGGGGUUUGGGAUACAAGCCCAGUUACAACCGCUCAAAGAGCAUCUCAGCAGCUGCAGGUAGACCAACCAUGAAAAGGAUAGAGAGGCAGAGUUCCAGACUUGGAGAUAUGGAUGAUCUGCCAGAUAUUAAAGUGGAAGCAGCAUCUCCAGGGCCAAGGGUUACCUUCAAUAUUGACACGAUGAGUAAUGUGGCCCUGGACACCCUACAAACUUCACUUCCACCCCCCCAGAGUCCAGCUGACUCUGUCUUUAAGUUCCCGGAGGAGACAGAGAUGGACUUGUUGUCUGUCGCCACUGAUGAUUCCGCCCACCAUUAUCCAUCAAGCUCAGUGUUCAGUACACCCAACACACCUGAAGUCUUCUCACCCAGCAUUCCCUUCCAGCCCGAUGACAGUCGCCGUGAUGACUUGUCCACCUCUUCAUCUGAAGACUCGGACAAAGAUGAGGAGUUUGACCGUGAGAGAGCACACAGCUACCCCCGCCGUCCAGGAACAUCUCAGAAAAAGUCAUCAGCAUUAGCAGCCCUGUUUAGCGAGCGGUGGCCGGCCACCCCUCCACAGCGUGGAGCAGUGACUCCGCCCACGGAGCGGAACAUUGACUUUGAGCUUGACAUACGUGUGGAGAUAGAUAGUGGCAAAUGUGUGUUACACCCAAGCGCACAGCUGCUAGAGCAUGAGGAGAUUGCAAUGCGCAGAAGUUGUGAUCGAAGCUCACGUAGUUUGGAUCAGGAAUCUCCCCCAAAGAGGCGGAAGCUGCAGCCCAACUUCACCUCCAGCUCCAGCAUGCUAAGUGCUAAGAGAGUUCCUUCCUCUCUCCAAGGCAAGAGCAGUGACAUUGAGACCACCAUCUUUUACAUUCCUGGAGUGGACGUUAAGCUGCAUUACAACUCUAAGACCCUAAGGAGUGACUCACCCAACACCUCACGAGGCUCAUCCUUACCUCGAACCCUCUCCAAAGAGUCCAAGCUGUAUGGUAUGAGAGACCUGCCUGGCCCUGUGGCCAUGGCCCCUGGCAAGACUAACACACUCCUGUCCCCUCCUCCCCCUCCUCCCCCUCCUCUUCCCUCAGCUAAAGGCAAGGCAAGUGGUGGUGUGAAGACUGCUAAAUUGUACGCAUGGGUGGCCCUGCAGACUCUUCCAGAAGAAAUGGUUAUUAGCCCUUGCCUGUUGGACUUCCUUGAAAAAGCAUUGGAGACCAUCCCCAUUACUCCAGUGGACAGGAACUAUACAACAGUGAGUGCACCAGAGGAGGAUGUUGGCCAUUUUGACUCUGUGGAUCCACUGGAGGAAUCUCAGGUCUCUCUGGUGUCAUCCUCUACCUCUCCAUACUCCUCAUUCCCUGUGGAUGUGGUCGUCUAUGUCAGAGUACAGCCGUCUCAGAUCCGGUUCAGCUGUCUGCCCAUGUCUCGAGUGGAGUGUAUGCUGAAGUUGCCCUCUCUGGACCUUGUCUUCUCCUCCAAUAGGGGUGAGCUGGAACUUCCAGGCUCCACCCACCCAUCUGACACUCAGCACACUCCCUCUUCCACGCCUCCUUCUGUGCACAGUAACCUCAGAGUGCCUGGCAGCAAAGGUCCAUUCUUGGGUUUGGGUAGCCCUCUGGGGCGGAGUCGACAUAACAGUAGCCAGUCCGAUUUAUCUGCCCCAGCCACUAACUCCUCUGGACUGAGCUUCACGGCAUGCAUGUCAGAUUUCUCCCUCUACGUGUUCCAUCCAUAUGGAGCUGGCAAACAGAAGUCUGCUGUGACUGGACUGCCACCUGGCCCAGGACCACUGGGAGCUGUCGAAGAGGAAAGCACAUCUGUGACUGGCAGGAAGGAUUCACUCUCCAUUAACCUGGAGUUUGUUAAAGUCAGUCUGUCCAGGAUGAGGCGUACAGGAUAUCCUGCCUUUUUUGACACAUCAAUUGCCAGCAAGGCCGGCAAGAUGGACACCACCCUCAUUAACAUUUCAGCGGUAUGUGAUAUUGGCUCGGCUUCCUUCAAGUACGACAUGAGACGCCUUGGUGAGAUUUUGGCCUUCCCAAAGGCCUGGUACCGUCGCAGCAUUGCUAGACGACUGUUCCUAGGCGAUCAGACCAUCAAUCUACCAGCAUCGGGCCCAGCCACCCCAGAUUCGGCAGAGAGCGUAGCUCAACACCUGUCUCCUGAGUCCAGUCGGAAGGCCUACUGGAGGACGUGGGACAGCCAGUCAGCCCAGCACCCCUCAUCGAAUGUAUUUAAUGAUUCCACCCCGCCCAGCCACACACACCUCAAAUCCCCUGCUACAGGACGCUCCCGCAGUGUGUCCGACUCCUCCGCCCCGCGCAGAGACUCUGUAACCAAGACGUCUACUCCAUCUGUCCGUAACAACAAAGCAACAGCACAGCAAGGAUCACCAUGGGAAACACUGGUGGUGUUUGCCAUCAACCUCAAACAGCUUACUGUUCAAAUGAACAUGAGCAACGUCAUGGGAAACAACACCUGGACAACAAGUGGUUUGAAGAGUCAGGGGCGUUUGUCAGUGGGCAGUAAUAGAGAUCGGGAGAUCAGUAUGGCUGUGGGAUUGGGACGUUCCAAACUGGACUCUAAAGGAGGAGUGGUGGGAGGAAACAUAGAUGUGAAUACACUUGAGAUGGUUUCCCAUAUUUCGGAACACCCCAACCAGCAGCCAAGCCAUAAGAUUCAGAUCACCAUGGGCUCAACAGAAGCUCGGCUUGACUACAUGGGCUCUAGCAUCCUGAUGGGGGUCUUCAGUAAUGCUGAUCUCCAGCUGCAGGAUGAGUGGAAGGUCAAUCUUUGCACAGAAGCCAGCCUAUCAGAAAAAAGUGAGAUCUUUGUGCAUGGAGACCUACAGUGGGAUAUCUUCCAGGUGAUCAUUUCUCGAUCCACCACUCCUGAUCUAAUCAAGAUUGGCAUGAAGUUGCAGGAGUUUUUCACUCAGCAGUUUGACACGAGCAAACGCGCCUUAUCCACCUGGGGUCCAGGACCCUAUCUGCCCCCCAAAACACCAGUGCCCAAUGUGGACAAAGGAGCUGCUGAUCUCUAUAUGGAUGCAGCUCAUCAUCGGCACUGGCCUGCCGUGUUAAAAAUGGUGGCUGGCUGCCACAUCUCACUGUUCCAGAUGCCACUCCCUGAGGAUGCUGUGCAGCUUGGGGGCUCAAUGAGUCUCCAUGGGAACCACAUGACCCUGGCAUGUUUCCAUGGACCCAACUUCCGCUCCAAGUCAUGGGUUUUGUUCCACCUUGAGGAACCCAACAUUGCAUUCUGGACUGAAGCUCAGAAGAUCUGGGAGGAUGGUACUGAGACUUGCAUAGGUUCUAGCGAUGACUCCACCUAUAUUGUGCAGACUCUAGACUUUCACCUUGGACACAACACCAUGGUAACUAAGCCAUGCGGUGCACUAGAGAGCCCCAUGGCAACCAUCACUAAGGUAACCCGUCGUCGACAUGAGAACCCACCUCAUGGAGUGGCCACGAUCAAGGAAUGGUUUAACUAUGUCACAGCCAUGAGGAAUGAAGAGCUGAAUCUGUUGCGGAAUGUGGAUGCAAAUAACUCAGACAGUGGAGCUGCUGCUAAAAGCUCCAGUCUAUUGAGUGGGUUUCGUGGUUCAUCCAGCUACAACCAUGAGACUGAGACCAUAUUUGCUCUGCCUAGGAUGCAGCUGGACUUCAAAUCUAUCCAUGUGCAAGACCCAGAGGAGCCAUCCCUCAGCGACCCUAACAGCAAACCCAAAGUGGAAUGCAGUGUGGUGACUGAAUUCACUGAUCACAUCUGUGUUACCAUGGAUGCUGAGCUCAUCAUGUUCCUGCAUGAUCUGGUUUCUGCAUACUUAAAGGAAAAAGAAAAAGCCCUGUUUGCACCUCGCAUUUCCGCAUCACGGCCAGGUCAGAAGAGCCCCACGGCGCUGCAGGACGACGGCUCAGCCGAGAAGGAUAAGCCUAAAGAAGAUGGCGUGAACUACACCACUGUGGACUGGAGAGAGUUUCUGUGCAAUACCUGGCAUCUGGAGCCCACACUGCGGCUGAUCUCGUGGACAGGUCGGAAAAUCGAUCCGGUGGGAGUGGACUACAUCCUGCAGAAACUCGGCUUCCAUCACGCAAGAACUACGAUUCCGAAGUGGCUUCAGAGAGGCGUGAUGGACCCCCUGGAUAAAGUUCUGUCGGUUCUCAUCAAGAAACUGGGCAAUGCACUGCAGGAUGAGAAAGAAAAGAAAGGAGGAAGAGACAAAGAGGAACAUUAACAAACUUUCUCUGAAGGUUUUAUUCCGUUUUCGUUCUCGCUCUGUUGCAUCCUCAUUUAAAUGUGAAAACUAGAGCAUUACAAGUCAGUAAGCUAAACACUGGAUUUGUUAACCUCCCCUGUACAGUUACUAUUCUUAGCUGUGUGGCACGGGUGCGAAUUCACACACAAGUUGUUUCUGUAUCUUCUGUGUAAUUUUUUUAAUAACUUGCUGCUGAAAUCCAGACGAACUUUCUUCUAUGGAUCGUAUGCACUUAUCCAUUCUAGGUUUCAUUAACACUUCACUAACACGGUGAGAACCACAAGUGUUCGAUCUGUAGCUAUACAGUAUAAGUGUAAAAAGCAUUGUCUUGUAGUGUUCGUCUCACUCAAGCUUGUUUAAAAUUCCACUUGAUUUUUAUUAUUUUUAUAUGUAUAUAUAUAUAUAUAAUUUUAAAAGUCAGAGGACAUGUGCCAAUUGUUGUUUUGCAUAAUUUUUACUGCCUGUCACAUUGUGUGAGAGCCAAGAGAUAGCAUGUGUCCUUAAGCACAUCAGUUCAUUUAAAAGUGACCAAAAGUUCCAAUGCCUGAUCUACAUUGGGCUCAAAUCAACUGCAACAGAUCAAAACCUGGAGCUGUAUUUCAAAAUGUGAAUCUUUCUAAUACUAUAUCUGGUUUGUAUUGGCAUACACAGCCGAAUAUUUUAAUAUCAUUAAUGUGCAAUUCAUGACUCAUGGUAGGCGUGUGUGAAUUUUUAAUGUAUAGCUGUGCAAUAGACUACUGUAUAUAUGCAGAAUUGACUAUGUUCAGUGUACUUUAACUGAAUAAAAAAUGUGACUACUG